AUGCCCUUGUCGAAUCGCCGUCGCGCGCGGCGCAAGGAAAUUCAGCUGCAGGAAACGUCAGACGUGGAAGCUCCAGAUUCAUCACCCAGUCGUCCAUCUGCGAAAAAGCGCAAGAUCGAUCGACGCACAUCACCUUCCCGAACGGCCAUCAAAACCGAGUCAGCCGAUGAAGCCGAGGAGGAGUCGGGCGCCGAGCAAGACCCAUCCGCCCAACAGGAUCUUGUCGACCUCGUCAUUUCAUACUUGAACAUUCCCCGUGAAGAGCUACGGGUUUCCCGCGACCACUCCAACGCCAAGACCGAGAACAAACAGAGUAUUCAAGCGUAUGCGAAGAUCGCGGGUCGAAACUGGACCUACUACGUCAAGACACUUCAUGUCAACAUUGUCCAGCCCCGUGGCUAUCGCGGCCGGGCACUGCCGGAGGUGCAUGUAGACCUGGGCCCGAGCAAGUUUGUGUCGCGAUUGCAUGCAGAGAUCUUUUAUGAUGGCGAAGAGACGCCCGCUUGGCACAUCCGGGUCAAUGGUCGCAACGGCGUCCGUCUGAACAACAUGAUCCUGAAACGAGGGGCCGAUGCCAUCCUCCAUUGCGGCGACAUCAUCGAGGUCGCCAACUGUCAGAUGAUGUUUGUCACGCCCGGCGACGACGCCAAUAUCCACCCCAGCUUCGUCGAGCGUGCGCAGCGCAUCGCAAGUGGCCAGGAACCGGACCCAGCCACGCAAGCGUGGGAGGCCUCGCAGCCUGCACACCCAUCCGCCUCUCAGGCCACCGAGCCGGCUCGACCGUCAUCGUCCGGGGGCCCCUCACUGGCUCCGGCACCUCAAUUCCUGAAGCGGCAGGUCACUCCACCCCCACGCUCUCCGGACACCGCUGGCCAACGGACGGCAAAGCAAUCGCCGCUGUACAACCGCGGCAUGAUGAUGGAAAGUACCGAGGAGAUCGACUACAGCAAGGACUCGGCAAAGGACCUGAAACCGCCCUACAGCUAUGCCAACCUGAUCGCCCAGGCCAUUUUCUCCAGCGAGGAGGAGAAGCUCACGUUGAACAGCAUCUACAACUGGAUCAUGGAUCGCUAUGCUUUCUAUCGGCAUUCGCAGAGCGGCUGGCAGAAUUCCAUCCGCCACAACCUGUCCUUGAAUAAGGCCUUCCAGAAGGUGCCCCGUCGCACCGACGAACCGGGCAAGGGCAUGAAGUGGCAGAUUGCGGCCGAGCAUCGUGAGGAAUAUCGGAAGAAGCAGAUGCGCAAAGGCACCCAGUCGUCCGCGCCAUCGUCUCCCGCGACGAGGGAGCCCCCAUCAUCCGCUCGGGGCAAUCACGUCGCCUCCCUCGACACCUCCGCCUUUUCCGCCACGAAUAAAAAGUCCCCUCCAAUCUCAUCUCCCGGUUUCAGUUCGUUUCCCGUCGCCCCGGUCGAGGCGUACACCCCGGAGCGGGGAUCGCGCGGGGGUCGCGGCGUUGGAUCCGACCAUCCCUUGCGCCACAUGAACCCGCGCGAUUAUGAGGAGCCGUCCCCUUUGCCUGCGCGCGCACAUAGUGGCGCUCAGGCUGCGAGCGCCAGUCGCGCGCAAAACAGCAGCAACAAUCUCAGUCGAGCCUAUGGACUUUCUGACAAUAUUGCCGGCUCGCCGCCUGUGCUCACGGCACAGAUUCCCUCCAAAUUCAUGCCCAUGAGCUCACCCGCCCAAUUCUGGAAGUUUGCCGACAUUGGCAGUACGCCCGCUCGUCCCGUGCCAGACAUGAGUCCUAUCAAGGGGGAGCCCGACGAGCGCCUCAUCGCCGGCUUCCCCAGUAGUAGUCCUCCACCAAACUUGGUCAGUCCUAGUAAGCCUGGGAUCGCCAACGGUCUCGGACCGAGUCGGAAACUGCCUCCGCUGCAUGCCGACGGUACUAUCAAGGAGGAGCGUCUGCAUGAAGAGGAUGAGGACGACGGUGGUGGCUUUGACUUGGCUCGGGGAUUUCAACCCAUUGGCUCUUAUCAUCGGCAACUAAGCAACGCCGCUCGGGCCACCGCGACCUAA